AUGCUAAAAUUAAUAAAGAAUUUUACCAUUUUUUCAAGCAUCCUUUUUUUUGUUCAUUUCCUUACUGUCAAUUGUAUUAAUAGUUCGUAUUACCACUCAAGAAUAUGCAAGAUAAAAUCAAUUAAUCAUUCUAAACCUAUAAUUUAUAAAAUAUUAAAAUCUGCCCAUUUUAUAAGAGUUCCUAUAAAAAGUAUACCCAUAAAUAAAAAAUCGAAUAAAAAAUCGAACAAAAAAUUGAAUGAAAAAUUGAAUGAAAAAUCAAUUUUGUCUAACACAGAACAAAAUGACAGCGACUUAGAUAUCGAACUUGAGAAUUUAAUGAAAGAUAUAGAAGAUGGAAAGCUGGGAAAUGAGUCGCUAAAGUUGUAUAGAGAAAUUGAGAAAAAUGCUGCCAUAAAAGAGGAACAAACAAAACAAAUCGAAGAACAGAUAAAUCAAAUGGAACAAAUGAAAUCAAUAAAUGAACAUAAUGUUGAAGAUGUAAUAAAUAAUACUGACAAUGAUUUAAAAACAUGUGUUAGAAAGGCAUUUUAUAAUACAGGGGUUAAUGAAAAUGAUAAUAUGAAUGUUAAGAAAGAAUAUAGUAAUAUUAAUAAAAUAGAAAAAACAUUUGAUGAAAUUGAUGAUAUAAAUAGUCCAAAUGAAAAUCUUAAUAUAAAUGAUAUAUAUAAAAAAAUAAAUUCUAUGAAAGAUGAUGAUUAUAAAUCAGUUCCCUUUAAAGACACUGCAAAGGAAAUAAUGAAGUAUAAGGGUAUGUUACAUAUGCCAUAUGAAAUGGGAACCCUUUUAAAUAAUACUAAGUUUGAUUGGAGAGAAUCAUUAGAUCAUAUUGAAUUAAAUAUUCCUAUUUUUGAUGAAACAAAUCAAGAAGAUAUUUUAUUUCAAAUAAAAAAUGAUUAUAUAAAGUUAGAAAUAAUGGUGAAUGGAGAAAAAAUUAUUUUAUUAGAUCAUAAAUUAUGUGGAAAAAUAUGCUGUGAUGAUGCAUAUUGGGUUAUAACAAAAGAUUAUAAAAUAAAUGAAAAACAUAUUCAUUUAGUUCUCUCGAAAGUGGAUCGUUUUAAAUAUAUUUGGGAAAAACUAUUUCAAGAUUUAUAA